AUGGGGGACCAGCCUCCUCGCCCGCCGUGCCCAGAAAGGGCGCCCCCUGGUCCGCCAGACAUGGCGGACGCCCCGGUGCUGGACGCGGCGAAGGUUCAGUUGCAAGGCGACGCCGUCGCCGCCGGGUCUUUGGAUCCCAAGCUUGUUGCCGCCAUGCAGGCUGCAGCCGCUGGAAAGGCCACGGACAACGGCACUCCCCGCAGCGAGCCCCGCAGCGACCGGGACCGCGACAGGGACCGCGACAGGGACAGGGAUCGCGACAGGGACAGGGACAGGGACAGGGAUCGCGACAGGGACAGGGACAGGGAUCGCGACCGGGACAGGGACAGGGAUAGGGGCAGGGACCGCGACAGGGACCGUGACCGUCGCAGCCAUCGCGACAGGGAUCGCGACAGGGACAGGGACAGGGACAGGGACAGGGACAGGGACAGGGACAGGGACAGGGACAGGGACAGGGACCGGCGGCGCGACCGGAGCAGGGACCGCGACAGGGACCGUGGACGGGCGCGCUCGCCGCGUGCGCGCGACCGCUCUCGCAGCGCCGGCCGGGGCGGCGACGGCGAGGUCGUCCGGAAGCGUCCGAAGCGCACGUCCGGGUGGGACGUUCUCCCGCACCAGGUCCUGGAGGUGUUCGACCCGAAGCAGGUGCCGCAGGCGCGCUCCGUCGCCACGGUGGCCGCGGCGGCCGCGGGCGACGCCCCGGCGCCGAUGGCCUCCGGCGUGGCCGACGCCGUGCAGUCGCAGGCGACGCGCUUCGCCCGGCGCAUCUACGUCGGCGGCCUGCCCCCGACCGUCAACGAGGAGUCGAUCAUGAACUUUUUCAACCUCUCGAUGUCGGCGGUGGGCGGAAGCACGCAGCCGGGGGACCCCGUGGUGCACGUCUACAUCAACAAGGACCGCAAGUUCGCGUUCGUCGAGUUCCGCACCGUCGAGGAGGCGUCCAACUCGAUGGCUCUCGACGGCAUCUCGUACGAGGGGUCGACGGUGCGCAUCCGCCGCCCCAACGACUACGACGAGCGCCGGGCGGCGCACCUGGGCCCGACGAUGCCGUCGGCGCGGCUGAACCUCGCCGCGGUGUCGCUCGGGCACGAGCCCGCGGGCCGCGGCGACGCCAGGGACGGCGGCGUCCCGCAAACACAAAAGGUCUUUGUGGGCGGCAUUCCCUACUUCCUGGAAGAGGCGCAGAUCAUGGACCUGCUGAAGACCGUCGGGGCGAUCAAGGAGUUCAACCUCAUCCGCGACAAGGACACGGGGCAGUCCAAGGGGUACGGUUUCGUGAUCUACGAAGACCCGAGCGACCAGCAAGUGGAGCUGGCGUGCAACGCCUUCCACGGCCUGGAGCUGGCCGGGAAGCAGCUGACGGUCCGGCGCGCGAACCCCGGGCGCAAGGAGCGCGAGGCCGCGGCCGCGAUGGGCGGCGCGCCGGUCCCUGGGCAGAUCGGCGUCGCUGCGGUGCCGGGUGGCGACAUGCUGGCUGGACACCCGCACAUGAACCCGCCGCAGGCGCCGCAGCCGAGCGGCGGCGCGGUGGCGUCGCGCGUCGUCGUCCUCGAGAACGCGGUCACCGUUGAGGAGCUGGCCGACCCGGAGGAGUAUAAGGACAUUAUGACGGACAUGUGGGAGGAGUGUGGCAAGUUCGGGGCGAUUGCGCGGGUGGUGAUUCCGAAGCCGCCCGAGGCCGGCGCGCCGCCGCCGCCGGGGCUGGGGAAGGUGUUCAUCAAGUUCAACGAGCCCAGCUCGUCCACGCGCGCGCUGGCGGCGCUGGGCGGGCGCAAGUUCGGGGACAACACGGUCGUGGCGCGGUUCUUCCAGGAGGCCGAGUUCGACAUGGGCCGCCUCGCGUGA